AUCGAAGUGUUGACCACAGAUUAGUAAGUGUUGACUGAUCAUAUUCGCCCUUUUCGUUCAGAUUUUAGGAAAUUUGAUUUAUUUCUCUUUAAAAAAUAAACUCGUUGAACUAAUUUAUAAUGUCGAGACCAGGAGAAAGAUCAAAUCAAGCACAGACUUAUAAAUUAGUAGUCGUAGGCGGUGGAGGUGUCGGGAAAAGUGCAAUCACGAUACAAUUUAUUCAGAGCUACUUUGUGACUGAUUAUGACCCCACUAUUGAAGAUAGCUAUACAAAGCAGUGUGUCAUCGAUGACAUUCCAGCCAAAUUAGAUAUUUUGGAUACUGCUGGCCAAGAAGAAUUCAGUGCGAUGCGUGAACAAUAUAUGAGGUCUGGAGAAGGUUUCCUUUUGGUGUUCUCUGUAGCAGAUCAUGCGAGCUUUGAUGAGCUAUACAAGUUCCACAAACAGAUCCUGCGUGUUAAGGACAGGGAUGAAUUCCCUAUGUUAAUGGUUGGGAACAAGGCAGAUUUGGAAAUGCAAAGAGUGGUUUCACUUGAAGAAGCGCAGGCCCUCUCAAGACAGUUGAAAGUGCCCUACAUAGAAUGCAGUGCUAAGGCCCGAAUGAAUGUCGAUCAGGCAUUCCACGAGUUGGUUCGUCUCGUGCGUCGGUUCCAAGAGGCCGAGAGGAUACACGUCAAAUCUGAGUACAGGAGCGGUAAAAAGAAGAACUGCGCCAUCUUGUAACAGGCGGUGACGUUAUAACGCACAUCCGAAAUCUAACACCUCAGCUAUCUCGUUCGCUCGUCUGCAAUCGUCCGAUGAGAGAACUAGACAGUAAGUAGUUGUGUAAAACGUUACUAUUCACGGAAGGCUGCCUUGACAUAUUGAAAUUCUAAAUAUAAAGUAAUAGAUGUUUUCUUUUAUACAUUUUAUAGGAACGUCUUUGUAUAGAAUUUAUGUACAUAAUCACAAUAUUGCAAUCGAUAAUUCUAUAUAAUAAGAAUAUGUAAGUAAAAUUAUUCAUUGAUUUAUGUAAGAAACUGCUGUAAAAGAUUUCAAGGCAGCUAUGUUUAAGUAUGUAAUUUAUAUUGGAACAUGUCUAAAGAGGAUAAAUAUAUAGAAAUUGAGGAUGAUUAAAUACAAAUGAACAACGACAACUCUGACAGGAAACUAUUUUGUUUUUUUUAUAGAAAAAAAUAUUAUGAGAUUUAAUGAGCAUUAUUCAAAGGACCAAAAGGAUAAUUUUGCACUGCUACCUCUCGUUUUAAUCACACCACUCCCUUAAAUGUUUUCAGAUUUUACAUUUUAUUUUUUAUAUAUUUUUAAGCCUUAUGUGAUGAGGUAUUUAUUUAUAAGCUAUUAUUGUGUUUAAUUAUGUGUCUUUCUGAGUAAUAAAUAAAAUCCGUAACUCUUAAAUUUUACUCUUAAACACACGUAAAUAGGUAACGUGGGUUAUAGUAGUGUAUUUAUAAUAAAAAAAAAUACAAAUUACUAGCAGGUUAAAUGAUUAUGUUUACAGUAUCAACCUUAAUAAAUAAUAAAAUGUCACAUAAAUGUAGGUAGAGCAG